AUGGAUAGCGUCGAAGCCAAGUUUUCACAGAACCCACCUCCAAAAACCCAAAAGAUUGUCCUUGGAGUCCAGAUUUGCUCCAGAAUUUUUGCAAUUGUGACAACAAUGGCUGCAACUUUCAUUAUUUUCACUAGCAAGCAAUCGACAGAGAUUAUUGGCAUCACCUUUGAUGCUCGAUAUAGCUACUCCUCUACUUUCAAGUUUUUUGCUUUUGCACACGCUAUUGCAUGUGCCUUUUCUAUGUUGUGCCUGUUCUUUGUUUUCAUUUUAUGUCGUCCAGGCACAAACUCUGCCAACUUCUACUACUACUUGUUCUUACAUGAUUUGUUAAUGAUGUCGUUGGUUCUUGCUGGAUGUGCGGCUGCGACAGCCGAAGGGUACAUUGGACGGUAUUGGAACAACCAUGCGGGAUGGCCUCGAAUUUGUGAUCAGUUUGGUAAAUUCUGUAACAAAAUUACAAGUGCAGUGAUGCUCUCUUACCUGGCUCUCGUUUUCUUACUCAUGCUUACUAUCCUCCAUGCUACUAAGUCUACACAGAUUCAGCUUUAG